GCGAGAGCCAGAUUCUUUUCAGCAGAGAGAGGGAGAGAGAGAGAGAGAAAGAGAGAGACGCUGGGUUUUAGGCUGCAGCAAAAGAGAUCUUGCUGUCCUGGGAUGGGGAGUGAAGGUAUGUCUGUGUGUGCGCGUGUGCGUUAGAGCAGCAUCAGGACCAGAACAGUACAGUGUGUGCGUGUGUGUGCGCGCGUGUGUGUGUGCGUGUAUGUGUUUGUGUGUGUGGUUAUCCUGCGGACGCAUUGGAUGGGAUUGCCUUUGGAAUUCUCUCAAUAGGACACACGCAGGGUUACCUGCGCAACAGACGAGUCCCAAAAGAAGUUCCAGACAGACGAGACUUUGAACCAGACAGAACUCUUAGUUCAGUAGAUCUCUGAGUCUGCUGAAAAAGCACAUUAAUUAAUCUGCUACUAAAGCAACUCUACACACGUGCAGGACUGGAGUCCUUCCAAUACACCACAACAUCCUGGACCUUCAGUCUAAUGAACACUGAAAUAAGUGACUGGAAUUCUGGGACCUGACCCCAGCUGAAGUGCCAAAGGGAACGAGAGAGGGAUCAGGAGCCGACUGAGGGAAGACCGGAGAACAUAAAGAAUAGAGACAGACAGACAGAGUGGAACUGUGCAAACUAGUAGAGGAGUGUUAGAACAGAGACAGAGAUGGAGACACACAGAGGAAGAAAGUUUCUGCCAGACAGAAGAUACACCUGUCUCACACUGAUCGUCAUCUCCAUUUGUGGUAUUGAGGCCUUGGAGAUGAACACAGGUAAGAUUCCUUUUCUGGAAGCAGUGAAUGGAAGUGAUGUCCUGCUGCCCUGUACCUACGCCAGCUGCAUCGGCAUCACAAACCUCUACUUCAAAUGGGAGUUCAAUGACAAUGGCACCAUGGUAAAGAUUAUGGACUCUACAAUCCCAACUGAUUUUACGGAGCCAUCAAAUGUUGGUGUUUAUCGUGAUCGAGUGGAAUUUGUGGGCUCCGGCAAGACCAAUAACGUGUCCAUAAUUAUCUGGAAUGUGACAUUCGAGGAUGCAGGGGAGUACACGUGCUUUGGCAAAAAUCCCAAAGAGAAGGGCAGGAACCACAGUGCCAUCUUCACCCUCUAUGUGGUGGAUGAAUUGAGAGUUGUAGACAACACUCUGACUGUCAUCAUUGUCUCCUGUGUGGGAGGAGGCAUAGCUUUGCUGAUGAUCUUCAUGCUGCUCAAGAAUUUUACACUCUUCGUUCUUGCCAAGAUUGAGGAGAAAAAUAAGGAGUGCCUUGUCUCCUCAGGGAUCGACAACACGGAAAAUGGUCUGUCAGGCUCCAAAUCCACACCUAAAGCCACACCAAAGAAAGCAUGAAACUGACAUGAUGCACACACUCAGCCAUCACCCACUCACACUCGGCCUGUCCUGUUUGUUCACAUCUCUGUUUACAAAUAUACAUAAACGUAUCUCCUUUCUAUUAAUUUAUCGUAUGUACCAUUGUAAUAAUUAUCUAAAUCACAAUGAGGCUAGCUUAUAUAAACCUGUGAGUAAUAAUGUAGUUACAUUGGAAAAAUAAUACCAGUUGGCUAAACGUUGUUUGCUGUUUACGAUGAUUCAGUAUUAGUUUGAUCAGUUCUCCUGUUCAGCUUCCAGUAAUCAAGUAAAAGCCUUCCAACCAGUUAAUAGUUUCUUCUAUGCUUUCUCCAGUACAGCCGAGCCAGUAAUCAUGUGCUUUAUUGAACUCAAAGAGCUGAGAUGUGCAAUAGAGCUAAAUGCAAAUUAGCUGGAAAGAACAGGAGGACUAUUUAUUUGGAAGCUAUUGUCCUGUAUUGUAUAAUAUGGCCAAAGUUUAGCAUUUCCUCUGUUCUUAUUUUAACUCAGGAAAGACUGAAGGGGUAUAAAAUUAUAUAAAAACUCACUUAAGAUAAAAAGAGA